CAAUUGAAAUUUGUUUUUUAGUCUUAUAAGAAUAAUUUAUUUAUCCUUAUACUAUUUUUAAACUUUACUUGAAAGUACAUUUUUCAUUGAUUUUUCCAACGAAGGCAGUAAGUCGCAAUAAGUAUCUACGCAUUUUGUUGCACAUUUAUCAAAUUCUUCGCUAUACCUAUCCACUUCAUUUUGCGUUAGAUUUGAACUCAUUUUAUCUUUUAUUGUAUCAUUGCAGUCCAUUACACAUCUUUGUAAUCGAUUCUAAUGAAUAUAACACAUUAGUACUAUGCAUUAAGUAUUACGAUAAGCAAUAUAAAGAUACAUGAAGUUAAUGUACAAACCUGUAUUCUUACAAAUUCAUUCUGAACAUAAUUUUGUGCCUCAUUUAACGAGGAACUACAAUUUUCUACACAGUUUUGUACUUGUAGUAUGCUGUAACUUUCAUUAUCACAACAAGUAGCCGCACAUCUAUGCAUAUUACCCUAAAAUUAAAAAAGAUAUCAAUUAUUUUUAUUAUAAUCUAUAAAAGUCCCAUUUUUAUUAAUUAUUUUCCAUAUAAACAAAUACAUUUUGAAUUGACAGUAUAGUUUUCAGUAUCUAAUAUCAUCUUAAAGCACGAGGUCCAAAGACACAAAUAACCUAAAUAAAAUCUAUUAUCAAUUACCUGCAUUUUCCUUAAAUACGCUUUGUCCAUUUCUUCGAUCAUUCUAGUCAUAAGGUCUUCGACCCGUCUUCUUUGUUCAGCGACCAUUUUUUAUUAAUUUUUUCUAAACAUGAACGAAAAAAGUUACAAAAUCGGAUCGACUUAUACGUAACUAAUCAAUAGGGCACAUGGACGUACAAAAUGGAACAUCUAUAUAUACGCUGGAGAGCAACUACUCUGUACAUAUGUGAACUUUAGAAAAAGAAGAAGAAAGAAUAGAUUAAAAUCGACAUUUUAUCUUAAUUAUAUGCAUAAUCAUAUGUGUAAUGUAAAGAAUAUCUGUUAAACAAUUUUAAUUAUUUUGUUAAUUAAAUUCAUAAAUAAAAUACAUGAUAUUAUUUUUUACUUUUUAUUGAUAUUUGAAGAAAGAAUUUCUAAAUAAAUAUAUAUGUAGUUAUAUCGUAGGUGCUUAUUCUGUAUACUACGUCAUUGAUACGUUACCAUAGAAACGUGUUAACCAAUCACUUUUUCUUAAAAAGAGACAGUAUAUGACGAUAUGCUAUUUGCUUCUCUGUCUUCUAGAAUUUAAAACAUUUACUAUGAAGCACGCAGUUCAUUCUAUAUGUAGAUAAUACAGUGUUAGCGCAUGUGGUAUCAUUUAUCUAGAGUGCAUACUAGAGAGAGAAAGAGAGAAAGAGAGAGAGAGAGAGAGAGAGAGAGAAAGAGGGAGAGAGAGAGAGAGAGAGAGAGAGAAUAGCCUUGAGACAACAUUGACCUAAUUCCAUGACAAAUUUUAUUCGUCCUGUUCAUAAUUCUAACAUACCUGAUAUUUUUCAGUUAACACGGAAAAAAUAUAAUUAUUAGUAUAUAUUUGAUUAUCUCGAGAAUACUCAUAUAAUACGAAUAAAAGCUAAUGAAAUAAGUUGAAAAACUGAUCCUGUAAAAAAAUGCAAUUGGAAAAAAAUAUACGGUAAUAUCGAAGCAUUAUUUGCAUGCAAUACAAAUGCGAAUAUUUGAAUAUUGAAUUAUAAUUAUAGAUAGAGGUCGUUGAUAUCUAAUAAACAUUUAAAGUGUUCCGAAAUGAAUAAGGAACAUUUAUUAUUAUACGACAAGCAUUUGAUACGCGUUGAAUAGAACGAAGCGAACACAGAUAGGCUCAAGUGGCCGAGGGGCAUUUGAACUGACGAGAUAAUGGACCGUUCGUAGAGAAGGAGAAAGAAUUAACGAUACCAGACAACAUAUAGUCGCGAGAUGAUCGUAAAUACGAUCAUUCAAUCGCACUUUCUCGUUUCUACGGUUCCUCUGACGCACGCGUGACGUCAAACGAAAGAAUAAGAAACAAUUUCAAUAUACCUUUCCAACCUCAUCCUUUCUAAAUUUUUUCCCCGAACUGAAUGAUCAAGCACACACUUAUAGAUUCUUUCCUACCUUCGAUGAGACAACAAUUUUACCAUCGAACUUCCUAUUGUUCCUUAUCUCUCAUCGUUUAUCACCUAAAAACAACUCCCUUUUCCGGUAAUUUGAAAUAAAGAAAUCUCUGCGAUUGUACUAAAAAGUAUGGUGAACAAUCGACAAUCGAUGAAGACUUACGAAGCGCGCGUAAAUUAAAAAAGAGGAUGCCCCGAUAUCAAUGCGUCAAGGAAGAAGUGACGAAUCAUAGACGAAUUAAUUAAAACGAGAGAUGAUAUAAAGUGAUCUAUGACAACGAUCGUAUGAUAUAUUUACGAAACUACGUUUCUACAAACUUUUUUUAAAGUGAAAUAACAUGAACGUGUUACUAUGAGCGAUAAACUACUCUGUCGAAAGACGUUGUGUUGUAUUCGAAGAACUCGUCUGAGACUGACAAUAACAGGAACAAAUAAAAGAAGGGACAGGAAAGAAAGAGACUGUAGAAGAGGGUUACUUUUCUCUUCAAGGAGAUUCCUUCAAAGAAUAGAGUGGGGACGAUUGCUGAGCGCGAACGAACGCAUGUAUCGAACAACUAUCGGGCAUACUCCCGUCCGAGUUUCGUGUUUCUCAACGCGACAUGGCGUCGAGUUGGAUUCUCGAUAUGUAGCGUCGGGAUCGUCCUUGGAAAGCAUUCAAUUUAAAGUUUAAUAUAUCCGAUACGACAUGCAUACUACGGCCCAUCGUACCGAAUGGAAGGGCACGCGUUAAAGGAGAGACAAGUGCGAGGUAACAAUUGUUUUGUGAAACAAAUUGUAUCGAUCAACGAUCAAAAAUCAUUUAUUCCUCGUUUACAUUGUUAUUACGCGCUGGAACACGUCGCGAUUCUUUGACCACCAUUCCGCUGGAUCAUAUCGUUGAAUAUUUACGUGUAAUACGGCAGAUACAGCUACCAGAACAGCCACCAGCCACUGAAUGGGGUCACCGUGAUGAAGUCGAAGAAUCUUCCACAAAAAGAAAAUGAUACCACCAAUGAUGAUACUACGGAAGCAAAUGAAAGGUACGACAAAUUUGAUACAAUAAGGAUGCCGGUUGUACGUGUCUUGAGUAAAAGUCCUCCAAACGACGAGGGCAUUGAGCCCGAUACGGAACGAAGAAGAGGAUCGGUAGCUCGAUGCUGGAGUCUCGAUUCUACCUUGCCGAGUGAUGACGAUACAUCGAAUAGUGUUUAUCAGCAUAAUCGACACAAACUAAGGGUCACGAGAUGUUACAGUUCUGAUAGUGCUGUAUUGAGUGAUGAGGAUCAAGGAAAAGGAUGGGAUUGUUUUAAUGUGGUAGAAAGUAGCGAAUGUGAAUCUACUGAAGGACGACCAAGAUAUUGGAGAACACCAAGUGUGGUUGUUAGCGAUUAUUCGGAUUAUUCUUACUUAGAUGAAAACUUUGAGAGAACCAAUCUUGAUGUCGAAAAAUAUGAUGGAACGAGUGGCAGUCCAAGUCAAGCCAGUAGUUGUUCUUGUCUGGAUUGUGAUGAGAUACAAGAGUCUUUAAAUUUAAAGUUCCUUCAAGUUUGUCGCCUUCGUCGACAUUCUGAUUCCUGUUGUUUGUGCCUAGGGCAAUCAAAUACCACUUCUAUGAGGAAUCUACAUGAAGCUGGGAACAGAAGAAAUUCAUGUGUGGAGACUACUGGUCCAUAUUACAGUAAAUUUGAUUCUCCAGUUCUUGAAUAUACAGAUGAUAAUCCUUCUGAACUAAAAGACCAAUCAAAAGUUGAAUUAUUAGAUGUUCCAUUUGUACGUAAAGUAUCAGACUGUUCAACUACCUCCAGUUUAAGUGGAGAUGACUGUGAUAUCUCUGAAGAACUUCAACCAGUUAAGUCUUUACGAACAUCUGGUUGGAAAAAACUGAGAAAUGUUGUACACUGGGCUCCAUUCUUUCAAAUAUAUAAAAAACAACGAUAUCCUUGGGUACAAUUAGCUGGACAUCAAGGAAACUUUCGUGCUGGGCCUACACCAGGAACUAUCUUAAAGAGAUACUGCUCACAGGAAGAAGCUUGUUUCCGUUUACUAAUGCGCGAUAUUCUGAGACCAUAUGUACCUGAAUUUAAAGGAGUUUUGGAUAUUCGAGAAUCUGAAGAAAAAAACUGUGAAGAUUCUGAGUCAAAAACCAAGAAUAAAGAUGAAGAUAAAAAAAUAGAAAAGGGAUCUAUUGUUUGUUCAUAUAUGCAACUUCAAGAUCUUUUGGGAGAAUUUGAACAACCUUGUGUGAUGGAUUGUAAAGUCGGAAUACGAACAUAUCUUGAAUCUGAAUUGGCAAAAGCCAAAGAAAGACCUAAGCUACGGAAAGACAUGUAUGAGAAAAUGGUACAAAUUGAUCCCACUGCACCAAAUGUCGAAGAACAUCGAUUACAGGGUGUCACAAAGCCAAGAUAUAUGGUCUGGCGAGAAACAAUUUCUAGUACGGCUACACUCGGAUUUCGAGUUGAAGGUAUAAAAUUAGCAAAUGGUGGAUCUUCAAAAGAUUUUAAAACAACUAAAACUCGUGAACAGGUUACAGAAGCUCUUAAGCGUUUUGUUGAAGGUUAUGUACACGUAGUUCCAAAAUAUUUACAACGCCUUAAAGCUAUACGAACGACGCUAAAGGCAUCUCCAUUUUUUGCUUCACAUGAAGUUGUUGGUUCGAGCUUAUUGUUUGUACACGACGUUACAAGUGCCGGUAUAUGGAUGAUUGACUUCGCAAAAACAUUGCCUUUACCACAACAUUUAUCUGAAAUUCGUCACGACGUUGAAUGGCAAGUGGGAAGUCACGAAGACGGUUAUUUAAUAGGUGUCAAUAAUCUCAUUGACAUAUUCGAAGAAAUAAGAAGUUCUCAAAUAUAACAAAGUUUAUUUUAAUACGCUAAGUGUAAUAAUGUGAGCAUUUUGUUAAUUUACCUGUUAUAGCUGUUUGCUUUAACAGAUACACUUAGCUUAUGACUUCCUGUUAUGCAAUUUAAUGUUAUUAGUAUAUGUGUAUUUAUCUAUGUAAUAUGGUAAGAACACAUUGACUGUCUCUAAUGAUAUCCUUGAGAAAAGGGUGAACCAAAGACGCGGUAGCUUGUGCUGCCUAGGUGUUCUGAAUAGUUUCUUUUUUUUUUUUCUUUUUUUUUUCAAAGGCAAAAACUUGUAAAAAGAUAACUUAAUAUUUUCUUACAUGUAAGUUUAUUUAUACUUAACACUACAUAUUUUCAAAACACAAGAGCAAAUAGUGCUUUGUAUUCAAAUUAUAUCAUGCAUUUGUAAAUACUCCAUACAUAAUACAAAUUUCGCGUAUUUUUUCA